UUUCAGUCGUUAAUCGGUGAUAUAGAUAGAGAUUUGCGAAUCAGUGUUGCUUGGUGUUAGACUUGAUUUGAUUUGAUUUCUCCACUCGGUUACUCGGUACACAUAAUUUAUUAUUAAUUGGUUUAUUAAAUUAAAUAACUGCGAAUCUUUUUUUCAUUCUCAUAAAAUUAACUUUCUCGGUUGUUACAAUCAUUGUAUUUCUUUUCUCCACUCUGCUACCCUCUCCUUUCUAUUUGCUUUUGUUAUCUUAUUUUUGAACUAGUUAAUCGUAGCUUCUCAGAUUUAUUUUUAUUUUAUUUGUUUCCAAAUUUUGUGAUCUAAUUAAUUGAAUAGUUUUGAUAAGUAUAUAAUUUUUAAUAUAUUGUUUGUUAAUUAUAGAUUAAAAUAAAAUAAAAAAUAAUUUUUUAUCAUCAACUUAAACAGAGUUAUAAUGACCCUCUAAAAAUAUUUCCAAUGUAAAAUUCUAUCUUUUUCUCCAAACAUGAGUAAAAGAGAAAAUGAAGUAAAAUUGUUUCAAUCCAACUCCAAAUCAUAAUAGAGCAAUGAACAAAUAUAAAAUAGAUUACUCCAUUAUAGAGUUAGAUAUGAAGUUGGAUUAAAAUAUUUUUUACUACAUACUUCAUUUCACUUUAUUUUAGAGUAAAAAAUGGAGUGGGUUAGAAAUGCUCUAAACAAAAUUAAAAAAAAAAAAAACUAAUACUUGCAAGAUUAUUGUAGAUAUGUGAUUGGUAUUAAAGGUGAUCAUUUUGCUACAUGAGAUAUUGUAAACUAAACAAAAUUUGAUUUUGGGGUUUUAUUAAAAUUUCUCUUUAAAUUUCUUUGAUCCAGACAUUUUGUGAGAUUUUGUUUAGAGAGUGAGUAUAAGUUGUUUAAGUUGAUGAUAAAAAAAAUUAGUGUUUUUCUUUAAUUUUAAUCUAUAAGGAUGGAAAAGACAAACACAAGUAGAUCCCUGAUAUACGACCAUUUCCUUCCGUCAUGUCCCACUAUCUUCAUUUUAAUUAUUCUAUAUCAAAACUUUUCUAAGACAAUAAUAAUUUAUGAAUACUUUUCAAUUUAAGUAAUUAUGUGGACCAUCCCCGGAUUCAUGGCUCAAGUAUAUGGACUAUGCUAACACAUUUGUGUUUCUUAAACUUUUUUAUGUAUUAAAGAGGUGUUUAAGUCCUUGUUUAUAUCUGUUUGCAGCUUCUUUAUCACCACCAGGGAUCAUCUACUUGUGCUUGUCUUUUCCAUCCUAAUUCAGUAUGUGAACUUGUGAUCCUACUUUAAUAGACGCGGGUUUAGCACCAUAAACACUACCAUUAAAAAAAUCCUUGUAAGCUUUUAAUGUAUGUAACUGUAAAUCAUAUUUUUGAUUUUCGAUCACUGAUAACGUGCACGUAUGGAAUUAUAAGAACUUACAAAAUCAAAAAUAUGUGAAAUGAAAUGGCAAAUUUAGUUUUUUUAAUGGUUCCUGGUUUUUUUUUGUGCAACAUGGUUCUUGGUUUUAAGAAUUAGUAUUUAAUCGGAUGUUCAAUGUGCAUAUCGUCGUAUAAAAGAUAAAUAUAUGCAUAAUUAAAUGGUAAAAUACUAAAAUUAGUUUCUAUUUACUUAAUUGUGAAGUGACCGAACACGAUUCCUGUUUUUCAACCCAUGCUCAAUGUGGUAAAUGACUAGAACAAAGUUAUUGUCCCAAAGAGUGUAAAGCUGCAGCACGUUCACUCUACCCCAAUAACAAAAACCCGGUCCAUGCUUUCAUACUCAAACACACAUUUGACCCACUUUAAUUUAUUUCCACAAACAUAAAGUUCCAGCUUUCAUAAUGCAUACGAUGAUUAUUAACUUAUUAUAUACAUUAUUCACAUAUUGAGACGCAAAGGAAAGAGAGAGAGUGACUCACAAGAUUACGAUACAAAACCGAACCCAAGUCAAUUCUCUUUCUUUCAGACCAAAGACGAAGAGAGAGACAGAGAGAGAAUCGUAAUGGGAGAAGUACAGAGGAUCGUGGUGGUUGUAGAGGAUAAAGAAGCGGCCAGGACAGCGUUACAGUGGGCACUUCAUAACCUCUUCCGUCACGGUGACGUCAUAGUCCUCCUCCACGUAUUCUCUCCUCCGCCCCGCAAGAAAAAAUCCACGGCGGCGCGUCUCCUCCGCCGCCACGGAUACCAUCUCGCCCUUUCUUUCCGUGAGCUCUGCGACGAUUUCUUCAACACAAAUACAGAGAUAAUCGUGAGAGAAGGAGACGAAGAUGGAAGAACGAUCGCUGAAGUCGUGAAAGAGACUGGUGCGUCAACGCUUCUCGUUGGUCUCCAUCAGCAGAGCUUUCUUUACAGAUGGGCAGUGAGUGGGAUUGAUGUAGCUAGAAAUUUUAAUUGCAAAGUGAUGGCUAUAAAGCAGCCUUCACCGGAAGAGUCGCCGCUGCCGGGAAAAGCUAAGGGACGCAAGACCUCACAGACGACGGUGACGUUAGAUAGUCUAACUAAUUUUGACUUUUCUCAAAUAGACAUCUCUGGAUUACAGGUUCCUGAGAUGCCAACACCUAAAGUACCGUACAGAUUAUGUCCGAGUCCUCAUGCGAUACUAUGGAGAACAAGACCACGGAGAUCUAACGACCGUUACGCUGCCGUUUUAUAGUCUAGCUUUACUCUCAGUUCUUGUGUAACACACAUUUUAACUCCAUACAAAAAAUCAUUCGAAUAAUGCGAAAUUAACACGCAUAGGCAUAAUGUAAAAAAUGCUCAUUUAUGUUAAAACUUAAAACUCGCUUUCCUCUCCAUAAGUUGUAUCUGUAUCUGUAGGCUAAGAAUAUCCUAACAACAUUACCUUUUAUAGCAACUCUUCAGAUAUUUGGAAAUUA